CACUUUUAUGGCUCAGAUCAACACUGCUGACCUCGCACUGUUGCUCUGUACAGGGAGCAGGUGCACAGAAACAAAGUCUGGACCUAAAGAAUAUUAACAAACUAAUGUGAAGCGGACUUGAUAGAGUUCUCAUUUGGAGUGGAAGACUAUUUGGAGAGAUGAACAGAUUUUACUCCAUACAAGCGGUGGAAGCACAGAAUGGGACCAAAAGUAGGGAAUCUUUCAGGUUUGUGUCGGAGGAGAGGAGGGAUGUGAGGAUAGAAGGUGAAGAGGAACAAUCAGACCCGUUCUGUUCUCUCAGUGUCAGUAAGAUCUCCUACACUGUCAGUGAGCGUGUAGGACCAUGGUGGGACUUACCCUCCUACAGGAAGCGAUGGACUCGUCAGAUCCUCAAUGAUGUCUCCUUCCAUGUAGACAGUGGGCAAAUAAUGGGCAUACUGGGCAACUCAGGCUCAGGGAAGACAACGCUGUUGGAUGCCAUCUCAGGAAGGAUUGGAAACUAUGGUACACUGCUGGGUGACAUCUUCAUUAAUGGCAGAAAGCUGAAGAGAGAAGAGUAUCAGGACUGUUUCUCCUACGUCCUGCAGAGUGAUAACUUGCUGAGCUAUUUGACAGUGGAGGAGACUCUGACCUACACAGCCCAGCUGGCUCUGCGGAAACACUCAGCUGAAGCAAUCAAGAAAAAGGUGUUGGCGGUGAUGGCUGAGCUGAGUCUGAGUCAUGUGGCGCACAGUGUUAUUGGAGGUCGGGUUUUUCCAGGCAUCUCUGGUGGUGAGAGGAGGAGGGUCUCCAUAGCCAGCCAGUUACUUCAGGACCCAAGAGUGAUCCUAUUGGAUGAACCAACCACAGGUCUGGACAGCAUGACCGCCAAUCAGAUCGUGGUGCUGCUGGCAGAACUGGCCAGGAGGAACCGUAUCAUCAUAGUAACCAUCCAUCAACCACGCUCCGAGCUAUUCAGGGUGUUCAGCAGGAUAGCAAUAAUGAGCAGAGGAGAGCUGGUAUUCUGUGGGCAACCAGAGGAGAUGGUGGACUUCUUCAGCCAGUGUGGAUAUGAAUGUCCAGAGUACUGCAACCCCUUUGAUAUAUAUGUUGACUUUACCUCGGUGGACACACGCAGCAGUGAGAGAGAAGCAGCCACUUUCAGCCGUAUGCAUGAGAUCACUUCAUCCUAUCAGAAUUCUGCCAUCUACCAGAGCAUGUUGGAAAAAAUGAAGCAAAGUCUUCAGCAAUCAGACAAGCCAGCCAUCCCCUAUAAGAGCAAAGAAUCACCCAAUGGUGCAGCCAAACUUGAAGUUCUGUUCAGGCGCACACUAAGAAACCUUUCCAGAGACAGGAUGGGUGUUCUGAUGCGUCUGUCCCAGAACCUGAUAUACGGUCUGUUUGUGGCCUUCUUCGUCAUGCAUUUAGAUGAUGAUGUCACCAAGGGUGCAGUGCAGGACCGCAUUGGCAUCAUCUAUCAGUGUGUUGGUGCUUCACCCUACACUGGCAUGCUCAACGCUGUUGCUCUCUUUCCUGCAUUACGAGCCAUUGGUGACCAGGAGAGUCAGGACGGCCUGUACAGUAAAUGGCAAAUGUUUUUGGCCUACAUUGUCCACAUCCUGCCCUUCAGCAUCCUGAGUGUCUUCAUCUUUGCCUCCUUUCUUUACUGGACGGUGGGGAUGCAUCCGGAGAGUUUGCGCUUCUUAUGUUUCACUGCUGUAGUUCUAGUCCCACAUAUUAUAGGUGAACUGCUGACUGUGGUGCUAUUAGGGGUGGUCCAAGACCCUAACAUGGUUAACACUGGAGUGGCUUUACUCAAUAUUGCAGGGAUCUUGGUGGGAUCUGGCUUCCUUAGAAGCACUCAGCAGAUGCCCCAAGUAUUUCAGUGGCUCAGCUAUCUGACCUUCCAGAAGUAUAGCUGUGAGCUGCUCAUAGUCACCGAGUUCCACGAUCUUGAAUUUACAUGCAAUGUUACUAAACCCUUACCAGGAGCGUGUUUGGUCACUCAAGGGAAUCAGAUAAUUGAUGAAGGGUAUCCUGGUGCUCUAUCCCGAUUCACAUUAGACUUCAUUCUCCUGUACUCCUUCCUCCCUGCCUUGGUUCUACUGGGUAUAAUUGGCUACAAGAUCAGGGACAAGCUUGUGCGUCACUAAAACAAAAAACAAACAAACAAACAAAAAAAAAAGAAACAUUGGCUUUUUAAAGCAGAAAGCUGAACUUUAGUUGAAAUGGUCAAAACAGAUUGACUGUAUGAUGUUCACAGUUCAGAAGUGAUGGCCUACACUGAAGAACUGCGGCUCCAGCGGAUCAUACUUUCCUACUCUCAAAGAAUACUUUUGUUAAAGCGCUUUACAUUUUUAAGUAUGAAGUCAGUCAGCUCUUCUGUUCAGCCACAUGUAGAUUUUAAGUUGCCUUAGACACAAAAAGGAUAAGAAUGCUGGUGUGUAAUGGAAGAUGGCACUAGAUGUAUUUCUUCAGCUUCCUCAUUCUUUUUCCUUUAAACUCAUUCAUUCAUUUAAAACACUGUCAAAUUUGAUGUCUUUUGUGAUAUUUUCACCUUAAACAUGUAAUUUCUUUAUACAUCAUAUAAGCUUUUAUGGAAUAAUUUAUGUGUAUUCAGUCUUUAGUUGGUAGCAGCUUUCAUUUCUCAGAAACUUGUAUGACUUAUUAAAGAAAGUGGAUUUAUGAUUAUAUGUUAAAUAUUUAUAUAUAAUCAGUGCUUUCACACUAGUGUAACUGCUAUUGUUGUCACUUUGUGAGUCCAUCUCUGUAUGAGUAUAUAUCUGUGUGUCAUAGUAAAGAUUUGGUCCUGGAAAUGCCUACUGCAGUGAAAACUACUACAAUAGCAGUUCUACAGCAGGUGUUCACAUAAUUCUGUCAAAUAGGUUUACCAAACACAAUGAUACAAUUAUGUAGCAUUUAGUCAUAAAACUUUACACAUGUAAGGGUGAUGAAGGCUUAGUUCUAAAAUAGGCUUAGUCCCUCCCAUGAGAACUGUGUACUUUGUAAUUAAUCAAUGACUAGUGCGCAGUCAUAGGGAAAAGAAAAUUACUUUCUAAAUGUCAAGUAGCAUAAAGCUUAAAUUAAAAUUGCCCAUGAAUUAAUGCCUAUUUGAGUUAGUGUAAUAUGAGUAUUUUGUUUAAAUACUGUGACUGUAACGGGUCAUUAAUAGAAAAUAAAGCUUGUAAUAAAAUACACUUGUUUAUUUUUCUAUAACAGAUUUUAUUAGUAGUAAAAAAAACAGUUAUGUUCCGUUUGACUAUGACCUCUCUGUAUUUAAGAGAUAAAGAAAUUAAUGAAAAAAAUAAUAUAUACUGUAUGUACAAUAUAAUGCGUUGUAUGCAUGUAAUAAAGUUAUCUGUCAUGUGUCCA